AGCAUCCCUAUGAAGGAAAACAGGGAAUAAAGUAGUGUGUGUUAGCCUUUUUUUGCUUUCUUACUCUGGGCUGGGCCUGCAGGGAGGCUGGGUAAUUGCAAUAAUUCCAUUACAGUUAAAUUUGAGUCAGCAGGCAGGCAGCAGUCACAUCCUGCACCCCCUCCCUCUUCCCUUAUCACAGGCAACAAGCCUCACAAAAUCUUAUUUCUAAAGAACUGAGAAAUAAAUGUCAGGACUGCAUGCAGCUACUGUACAUUUGUUCUAUAAUACCACAUUAAAGGGAUGAAGCGCUUCAGUGCCUCAAUUAAGGAGCUAUGAUCAAUAAAGUGACCAUAAACAACAGCAUCAGUCAGUCUGAAGAUGAACCCCUGAUAGUGCUCUCACAAGGCUUACAUCUAUUUAUUAUAAUUACCUGCAAAAAAAAGAGAAAACCCAGUGUAACAGUUUUUGUUUUUGAAAAUCAAUGUGCUAAUCUGUGGGCGAUACAAAGAGAUCCCCUCAUAGAUCAUAAUUUGCUGUGAUCUUAAUGGUUAUCACCCCGGGACGUCUCUGGAUUUAGAUAUGGAACUAGAUAUCCGUGUGGACGUGCCACUGUGUUCAUCUUUGAAGCGCGUGUUUUCCCAGCUUUCCAUGGGUGUGUUGUUGUUGUUCUUUGUUAGUAUAUGUGGAGCAGCUUGAGGCACCCACCUGCCCCUCCCCAGCUGUGACAGCUCAUCCAUUUGAGUUAGACGACUGGGCUGGGAUGCAGCCCUGUUGGUAAUUGCCUCUGAAAUGAAUUACUUGGCAGACAGUGAGACCGGGGGAGGGGGAGGAAAUUGUAAUUGAACUGCCCCCUCACUCCCUCCCUGGUCCUUAUACCUCAAGUUAUUACAUCUGCAGUGCAGAAGGACAUUUUCCAUCCGCACACAGACACACAAAAUGCUCACACCCUUACAAAACCAAUUCUUCCCUCUCCCCUGCACGAUGGCCUCAGCAAAGCACCAUAUUGAUGCAGGGUGAUUUCAUAGAUUGAUUGUUCACGGGCACAUGCACACUAGGCCACUGCACACUCUUGCACUCUUAUUCACAGCACAGAGACAAACCCUCUUUUACACACUGAGUUUGCAUUUGCUUGUGCUGCUCUGCUCCAAAUACUCUCCUAUUUGAGGUGCCCUUUAGCUGGCCUUCCUAAUGCCUAAUGGGCUGCAGGACAUCGGAGUUGGCACAAACAGAAGCGGUGUUUAGUAUCUUGAAAGCCCUGGUUACCCCGUACACACAGACACGCACACUCAGCCAAGCAGUGUUAUUAAUAACCUGCCUGUUGCUGGCCUGCUGACAGUUAGAAAGCCUGAUGGAUUGAAAAGCACUCGUGCUUGAGGCGGCACAUUUGUGCACGCUGUUUGGUUUGUCUUUCAUUUGUUGGACAUUGCCUAAAUUAUGGAAGAAAUUUAAGGCUCGUCUUGUCCCUUUCACCACACGCACACACUGGCAGUCAGUCAUGUUUGGUCAUUUGGCCUUUUAAUAGCCAGGCCACUGUAGGCAGGGGACUUAGUUAACUGAGCCACCUACCCCCUACCCUGGUCAGAUAUGCACAUGUUUUGACUCCAACCUUAGCACACAAUAGGUGCUAUUUCUGUAAUGCACUAGGGUCAUGACUCCACUUAUACCCUCCACCCCUCCCCAUCUGUCUCUCUCUCUCCUUUUCACCCCUGCUCUUCAUCCGACACCGUCACCUACUUGCACAGAAUCAUGGCGGACAGAAACAGCCGGUUCAGCGUCAAGAGGAAAGAAAAGAAGGCGGAAAGCAAAACGAAUAGUGAGAAGGACAAAGAAAAGGAAAAGGUGAACGAGAAUACGGCAAAAAAGCCAGAAAAACCCCAGAAGAAACCAGAGAAGGUCCCUGAGCAGCCAAAGAAAGAUGAAGAGAAGAGGAAUGGGGAAAGUGAGGGGGCAGCAGGCGCAGACGCAAAAAGCAGUGAUGAAAAUGGGGAGUUUCAGCCUAUAGAACUGCCUCCGUUUGAGAUCGUCACAGGGGAACAGAUGAGCCCAUUCUACUUCAAGUUUCAGUUCAGGAAUGUGGAGUACUCAUCAGGGAGGAACAAAACCCUCCUGUGUUUCAGAGUGGAUGCAGCAGGAGGCAGCGCAGAGCCUCUGAAAGGUUACAUGGAGGACGAACAUGCCACCGCUCACGCUGAGGUGGCCUUCUUUGAACAGGUGCUCCCUAAUGCCUCUCUAGAGUGUGAUGUCAUAUGGUAUGUAUCAUCUAGUCCCUGUGUGGCCUGUGCAGCCAAGUUGGCCAGCGUCCUCCAGCAGCGCAAAAAGAUGCGUCUUUGUAUAUUCUGUUCCCGUCUCUUCGAGUGGGAGGAGCCAGAGAUAGUUGAAGGGCUUAAGGGUCUGGUGAGAGCCGGCUGCAAACUGCGAAUGAUGAAGCCGUCUGACUUCCUGUAUGUGUGGGAAACGUACGUGGAGAAGGAGGAUCAGAGCUUUACACCCUGGGAGGAUUGUCAGGAGAACUACAACUACUAUAUGGAAAAACUGGCAGAUAUCCUCAAGUAGAUAUGCACGGACCUCCCCACCGACUGAUCCACAAAUCGCACUACUUGUGAAAUUCCCACUGGCUGAAUGCGUGUUUCUUGCAGUCACACGGUGCAGAAUGUUGUUAGUUUAUGCACUCUUGGCAACAUUUUAUACUUUUUAUUAACACAAUUCAUGUGGAAACUUAAAAUGCUUGAAUUUUUACAUAAAUACAUCAACUAAUCAACAUCCAAGUGGUUAGAAAACGAAGCAAGAAGCAAAGAACAAAAGUGACAUUCAUCGUUACGGUAAAAAUAAAAAAAAAAAAAAAAAGCCUGUGUUACAUCUGCUGACAUCUGCUGCUUGCUCAGAGAACUGAAGAUCUAACUGAAGAACAACGAAUAAAUUCUCCUCCACGUCAUCGUACAUGUAAAAUAUAUACAGCAACUCAAAAUGAACAGUGGUUAUAAAUGAUGUUCAGCUCAUAAAUAAUCUUUUUUCUAUUUAACAGUGCCUUAAAAUCCAAAUUCAUUCAAACAAUGUGAAUUAAACGAUGCAUAAAUCCUCAACA